UGCUCACUGUUCCUUAAGGACAAGAGCAGCAUGCAGAACUUUGACUUUUACCUUGUGAUCUGCCUGACUGUGGUGAUGUUCUCGUUCCAGUGUGAAGGAUAUCCAAAGGCAAGUCUGACACUCAAGAGUGACAGAAACACUGUGUAUAUUGGGGACACAAUAACUCUACAGUGCUGCUCUGAGUUGAGCUUUACUGACUGGACAUAUCAUUUUUACAAAGGAGAUGAAGGAAGUUCAAGCAGUCUUAUUAAAGUAACCAGUGAACACAGUUACACCAUAAAGUCUGUGAAUCAGUCUGACAGUGGAGUUUACAUCUGUGAUGCCUACAGACACAUUCCUCCUCGUGUCCUACUGCCAAGCAGUCCUUUUAACCUGAUUGUCCAGGGAAAUCCAAAGGUGACACUGAUGCUAAAGAGUGGCAGAAACACUGUGUACAUUGGGGACACAGUGACUCUGGAGUGUAGUAUUGAUGGUGUCUUUACUUACUGGACAUAUCACUUUUACAGAGGAGGUGAAGGAAGCUGGAAGAGUCCCAUUAAAGAAGCCAGUGGACACAGUUACACCAUAAAGUCUGUGGAUCAGUCUGACAGUGGAGUGUACUGCUGUUACGCCAGCAGAGUUCGUUCUUCUCAGGUCUCAUAUCAAAGCAAUCCUGUAAACCUGACUGUCCAGGAGAGGACAGUCAAACUUGAAAUAAAGUCAAGAUAUGCAAGUGGGCCGAUAUUUGAAGGUGGUCAUGUCAGCCUGCACUGUUGUGUUGAUGGAGAUCCUGUUGGGUGGACAUUUGAGCUGCAUAAGAGAGGAGACCGAAGCUCUUACAAAGCAGAAAUGAACAGCACCUUCACCAUCAGCCCUGUGACUCUCUCAGACAGAGGGGAGUACUGGUGUCGAGCUGGGAAAGGAGAUCUUUACUCAAGGACGAGUGGCCCUGUUCAGUUAGAUGUGUCAGUGGAUUGUUCGACAGAGAAUGGCAUUAAACUGGGAAUAUCAGGACUGGUUCUGAUUAUUCUACUGAUCUUAGUGAGUGAAUAUUUUUGGGUUAGAAUUUAUGCUUCCAGAUCAAAUUAAAUGGCCUGUGCUCCCAGACCAGCAGCAAGGAGAAGGUGACCUGAAAUUGUGAAGAAAAUUGAGGUGACAUUCCUGGUGAUGACAAAACCUCUGGGAUGGGUGAAUUCAGUCCUGUGACAAUUUCCUUGUUUCAUUUCUACAAUUGAUUUAAAGUACUGUUUUAACUAAGACAAUCUGGAA